AUGGAGACGCUUCUGGUUGCACAGCAUCAGCAUCGGAGUAGAACUAAAAGUCAUGGUCCUGCUCGAUUUGGGGCAUUUGAAUCUCCUCCUUCCAGGGACUUUAGAGGGAUUAAUUGCCGAUCUUUUCAAUCUGGAGCAGGUAUACUCCCAACCCCAUUCAAGUCUUGCACUACCCCUGUAACCAAACGCCUGUCUUCGUCUACACCAUCGCCUUCUUUUAAUUCUCAGUCCGAAGGCAACAACAAUAACAAGCACUCCAAAAAAUCGGUGAAGAGUAGUGCAAUUUCGAUCCCUAGGAAUAUCAAAUUUGAUGUUUCUGAUGAGGAGCGGUUCUUUAAUGAAUUUUCUUACUCUGAACUCUGGGCUGGACCCGCUUAUUCUAACUCACCUCCGCCCAGUUCGUUGCCCAUACCCAAGUUUUCGAUCCGGCCAAAACGGACUGUCUCUCUUGAUUUACCGGCUUCAAUCUCUAAUUUUGAUUUGCAUCCUAUUGCUAAGUCUGCACCCCCUUCCCCUACAAGAGAGCGUAACCCUUCAACAAAAGAUAUAUUUCACAGUGCUGACUUUGCGACUAAGACCCUACGUCGCAUUCUCAAUCUUGACAUCGCUGAUGAAUGA